CGUCCAAUCUUAGUUCCUCUUUGAUUUUAUCUCGAAAAGUACCACUUAAAACCGCUUGAUCUUAUUGCGUCCUCCGGAGUCCAAAGAGAACCGCAAAGUAACAUUUGCCUUGUUUAAAUUCCUUAAAAUGACGUUGAUGAUAGCCGCAGCUGAGACAGCGCUUCUCGUAAUCAUAUGUUUUGGUGCCUUGACUGGAAACGUCACGCUCUUUGUAAUCAUUGCAAAGACUCCGCUUCUCCGUACGAAAGGAAAUCUUUUCAUCCUUAAUCUAGCUGUAGCGGACUUACUCAUUGCCGUGAUCAGCAUACCCAUCACUAUAGUGACGAUAAUAUCUGAAGACUGGGUACUAGGCGAAAAGGUGUGCACAGCAUCCGGAUUUUUUACUCUCCUCACGUUUGUCGCUUCGUGUGUGGCAUUGACGAUGAUAAGCGUGAAUCGCUAUCACGCCAUCUGUCAUUGGAUAAAAUACGAGAAGAAAUACACGCGUGGCGCGUGUGUCGUAUACGUUGCCGGCAUGUGGGCGAUUAUUAUUGGUCUAUCAGUGCCGCCGCUCUUUGGUUGGGCUAAAUUCGCAUACGACAAGGGGCAAAGCUAUUGCUUCGUUGAAUGGAGUUCAAGCAAAUCUUACACAAUUUUUAUGAUCAUGUCAUGCUUAUUUGGACCCGUUACUGUCAUGACCUUUUGUUAUGUAAGAAUAUACAAAUUCAAGAAGGCUUCCAGUUCUAAUGUUCAAUCGUCGACUCAGCACCCGACCACCAAAAUCGCACCUCAUGACGUUCACCGGAAAGGGAAAGUGGUUAGGCAAUCCGCUGUACGGAGCGAUCGUAAGCUCUCUUGUACUAUAUUCACCCUUGUUGUGGUGUUCGUUCUGUGUUGGUCACCGUUCGCCUGCAUAAUGUUACUUCAAGUGUUCUUUGACGUGCGUGCUCCCCGCUGGGCAGAUUUUGGAUCGCUUGUCCUUGGUUAUGCCAACAGCUUCUGCAACGUGUUUGUCUACAAUGCGACGAAUAAACAGAUAAGGAGUAGAUAUUUAAGGCUAUUGGGAUGUAAACAAAAUAGAGUUCACGUUGGUAGUCAGUUGCGGAUUAAGAAUCGGGGUAGAUAAAUUACCACAGGCAAAUGCAGGUUUGCAUGUUACGUCAUGGGCGCCAUGUUGCUUGAAUUUAACAAAAGAUUUUCUUGAUGAGAAAGAAAAUUUCCACCAACAUUGCAAAUUUGUCCUUUGACUUCUAGGGGAAUGGUUGCAAUCCACCUAUAGACUGGGCAGAUUUUUUUCUUUCGAAAUUCAUAGCCAAUGCAUUUUGAAUUUCAACGGUCACCAUGUUGAUUGAAGUUUUCAAAUAAUUUAUCUCGUUUACAAAAAACAUGACGAUAAUCGAUAAUCUCCUUGUCUUUGGGCUCAUUGCGGAUUGGCUGCAAGCCACCUGUCAUUUAUUUUGCCUAAACAUGAAUUCACUGCCGUUGGUAGUUAAGGCAACACAACCCACCCUCUCCCCCUGAAAAAGGAAGAAAACUCUGUUAGUAAUGGAGCUUGUUUUUCUCUGAUCGCAAUGGUCACGUGAGAGUGUAUUUAACGUGUUAGAUCGUAGUUAAUUUUUAACCUGCACGAAAUAGAAAUACCAUCACAUCAUGGGCUAAAAGGAUUAAAAAAACGUUUACUUAGUUAUAUAAUAAUAAAGAAAAAUUAUAGUCUUCGGUAAAAUAAAUCGUAAUUUGAAA